GUUGCAGUCUGUGCAGAUGCUCAAAGCCAGUAGAUGGAUCACUUGGUCAAAGGGCCCAAACAGGUCUGCUUCAGUCAAUGUUGGGGGAAUAGCCCUAUUAUUUUUAUGUCUGCGAUUACGAGGACAGCACCGUGACUAGUGCACCGACACAGAUAACAAAGAUGUAUUUAGGGCUAAAUAAUAUUGAGUCUACCUUUGUUUAAAGCCGGAAUCAAUACUUCUUAAAGCAUGUCCAUUUUUCAUUUAGCAAGCCUCUUGUCUGAGAGGAGGGUCAGGGAGAUGUAUGGAAGGGAGUGUGUUUUAAUUCUCUUUGUUGCUGUAGUAAUAAUAAUUGUCAGAACAAGUGCGGCUCCUAAAGAUCGGGUGAUAGGGAGGUGAGUCACACGCACAAAAUUAAUAGAUUUUGAAAAUUGAGACAGAUUACAUGACAGGUUUUAUUUAUUUUUUCCUCACGUGAUUUUCUUGUUUUACAGGGUACGGACAGAAAUGACCAUUGGAGACAGAGUAACAUGGUCAUCCGUCAGUGAAGCAGAUGGGACUCAGAGGAACUCUUAAGUGUGCUUCAAUGUAAAAGCGUUCCACAGAAGAAAGUUACAGGUUUGGAACAACAUGAGGGCCCUGUGGUGCAGGUGGAGAUGAAGUGGAGUAAAGUGUGAAAAGGGAUCUGGAGGGAGACAAAGAUGUUCACACACAGUGGAAUCGCUGCGGUGCCCAUCACAAAACGAGAAGUGAAUCAGAGAGAAUCACUGCAGACUGGAUAAUUGCAGAAUGCCACACAAGAUGACGGAUUGAAGACCAGAUGAGCCUAUGGAUGCUCUCACAUCAACGAACACGAAAAAGCAGAGCGAUCACAACAUAAAUAGACAGAUUGCAGGAUGGAUGAAUUGAUAGAUCUUUUAGAGAAGGUCAAACUUCUGUGCGCACACUCUCAAACCAUCGUGAAAAGAAGAGAAAUUGAUUGCCGCUCACAAAAGGGUUGAAAUGACCAAGAAAUUAUUUUUCUGGGCAAUGAACAUUGUGAGUGAGAGAGAAGAAGAGAAAGGGGGAAAAUACCCAGCCUCUUUGUAUGAAUUGUCUCAAAGGUAACUAUAGUCAUCUUCAAGAUGUUGCCAGUGUUCUGGUCAAAUGGCCACUCUACCAGACCAGACCAGAGCGGUUUUGAGUUUCGGUACCUCAUCUGGCCUCGAAUGUAGCCUUCAUAUUUCGCCAAAGGAGAUGGCCAUGAUGUCAUCAUUUCACCUGUCAAAAGUCUGUCAAAGUUACCUUGGAGACAACUGGCACCCGUGGAACCCUAGUGCCCCAUGGCACAAGCUUUCGAUUGUGGAUAUCACAGUUCUUCGAUUGAUGGAUGCCUCCAAUCCACACUAUAUUACCCUGCUGGGGUGCCAAUGAAGACAUCUAACACUCCCACCCCUUCCCACAGUGUAAAUAAAGACAUCUAGGGGGAAAAAAUGAAUGCUUCUUUAAUCAUAUGACGUCUGUGUGCACCAAGCCGUUCAAACGGCGCGCCACUAAUGGACUGCUGAUGAAUAGACAAAGGGAACAACCAUCCACAGUGAGCAGAACAAAUAGGCCUCCAGCACAAAUGGAGAUAAAUGUAAUUUCCAACAACUCUUUAAACUACAACAAGAAGCGGCCUACUGCUAUUGACAAAAAUCUCCCAGGGACUGAAGGUUCCCAACAUGCACUGCAGCGCACCGAUUAUACUGCACGGAACAGCACAAUCUUUGCUCUCCGAAUUGGAUCAGAUAAAGCCCAGAGAUUCUCGGUCCAUCCUACAGCCAGCAGCCACGGUGCCGGCUCCGGCCCUUGGUUUCCGUCUGAGGCGAGGCCACUUGGGAGUGCUGGUGUAGUGGAGGUAUGGACUGUAACUGUGUUAGUGACCUGCUGCUCACGCCACCCGUCCCAACCCUCUGGACACCAGGCAUCGCCUUCCCAGACUGGGCCUAUAAGCCAGAAUCAAGCCCAGGCUCCAGGCAGAUCCAGCUGUGGCACUUCAUCCUGGAGCUGCUGCAGAAGGAGGAAUACCACGGGGUGAUUGCCUGGCAGGGAGACUAUGGUGAAUUUGUGAUCAAAGACCCAGAUGAGGUGGCAAGACUGUGGGGCAAUCGGAAGUGCAAACCUCACAUGAACUACGACAAGCUCAGCCGAGCACUUAGGUACUACUACAAUAAACGCAUUUUGCACAAAACUAAAGGAAAGCGCUUCACUUACAAGUUCAACUUCAGUAAGGUGGUUCUGGUGAAUUACCCACUGCUGGACAUGGCCAGCUCUCCGUUCCUGUUGGCUCAGAACCACUUCAAUGGAGGAGCAGCGACACCAGACUGCAGCCCUGUCACGCCCGAGGCCCUUCAGUCUUUAUUCCCUCGUUUACCUGAAUCAGGUCGAGGUCCUUCUCUGUUUGAGCGCAGUGCAGGGGCCCCAGGGCCUGAUGGGGACAAGCUGAGACUGGACACUUUUCCUUUCCUCGGCUCAGGGGCUCCUUGUUACUCCAAACCUCCAUCCCUUUUGGGUCCUUACCCACGGAACCCCUCUUUUGACUACCCCUGGGGCUUCAACCCCUACCUCCCAGGGGCCUUUUCUCUGAACAACUGUCCCAAAUUGCCCCCAGGCUCCCUCUACUCCUCACAUUUCUAUCCCAACCCACUCCAUUCCAGCCUGUCUCAGCUGUCACACCCCUUCUCUUCGCUCUUACCCCCCGGAGACACAACCAGUGCAGAACGUGGUCAAACGGGAGGAACAAAUGGCUCUGCGGGCAGUCAGCCUCCCAGACUCUGCAUCCCACCGUACCCAGGGAACUUGCCACUGGGUCGGACUGAGCUGGGGGGCGGGGGUACAGGUGUGGGUGACCGGGAAAGAGGGGAGACCAACACUGGCAUAACGGGUGGAGGUCUUGCUAUGAUUCUUAUUCCUAGAUUAGUCAUGGGUGGAGUUGGCUUGGGAAAUGGAGGAGGAGGCCGUCAAAGCCCUUCUGAGCGGAGAAAGGGUGUGAAGCAGGAUCCGGAGUCUGACUCUGAGCUGGAGAUCACAGACCUGAGCGACUGCAGCUCAGAGAAUGAGAAUGAGCGGGACUUCACUCUGGGGAAGGAGCCAGGGUUGGGUGGUCGCUCACACCUUCUAGAGGCCAAAACUGGGGGUCUCGGGGGAGUUUUUCCCCCUCUCUCUUCUCUUCCUCCACCUAUGUCUCCACAUCCCCUCAAAAGACUGGGACCCCUGACUCCUCCACCAUCAUCCCUGCCUCCAUCCCUCUCUCCUUCCCUCACUAUGAUCGACCGGCACAGGGAAACAGAGACACUUAAACUUGCUCACAGUUAAUUUGUUCUGUUGUGUGAUUUUUUUUUGAUGUCUUGCAGGUUCUCUUGUUCUCUUAUUCUGUCUGUGUAUUCCUGCAUUUGUGAAAUAAUGCUGUAUAUUCCCAUUUCUUUUUUCUUUUCUGGAGUCCUCCGAAGCCAUUCUUUGCUCAUUCAGUUCCAGUAUUAGUGCUUUCAAUUUCUGAUUCGUUAAGUGAGACUCUCGAUGCAAUCUUAGUUUUUGUCAUUCUGAGAGUAAAAGUGCAGCACAAAAAAAACAAAAACAAAAAACAACAACAGCUUUUCGGAUUAGAAUGUGUAAAUGUCUAGGAAUUUUCAUUCUCUCAUUUCUGUUCGGAAACAAUAACAAUGAGAAGUUUUAUAGCCGAUAUAGCACAGUAAUGAAAUAUGCAUAUCUUUUAUCACACAGUUUUUUUUUAGAUUGCACUGCAUUCGGGCCCUGCUGAAACAGGCAGUAAAUUUGUUCAGCUUGGUGUAUUUCAGACUUUUUCACAGCAUUUUCAAGUUAAUGCUAAGCUCUGCAAUAAAGUGUUCAGCUGAAGAGUGUUACACAAGCAAAAUGCAAUAAUGGCAACACUCAUAGUAAUUUUAAGAUGAUUCAGUUGUGUUGCAAUAAAGCACUUUUGUUUUUAUUUUUGUGCUGAUUCCAAGGGAUUUAGAAAUAUAUAUAUGGUCAAACAUUGCCAUCUUGUGGUUAUGUUUAUUUAUUUAUUUAUGUUCACUUUCAAUUUUCAUGUCUAGUCCAUGUCUUUUUAAAAAUAUUCCAAAAAAAAGAUGACCCUGAGAAUGAGAGACAGAAUCAAUACUGCUCAUGCCAGUGAAUAUUUAAAGUUUGUAUCUAUUUCAUUGUAUAUAUUUUAUUAUUGUGUACAUUGUUUAAUUACUAUUACUAUAUGGGAUAGUUGUAUUGGUGUCAUUUUCCUCUGUACCUAACCGAAGAGUGAUAUAUGAGACAAGAAAAUGGUUAAGUAUUUAUAAAGUUGACAUAUAGAGCACUUGUUUUUCACAUGCUCAUAAGAAUGGCAUUUAGACAGGGAAGUGUGCAAAAAAAAAAUAAUUCUGCUCUUUCUAUUUGUGCCCUGUGGAAAUUUUCCCCAGAUACCUCCGAGUAGAUGACCCUGUUGGACUGAGUUACGCCACUAGUCUCGUAUUUCAAUAAUUCAUUCACCCAGUGGUGAUGUACUAUAAUUAAUCAAGUGUGAAUAAUAUUAGUUGCAGCAUCUGCUAAUUUCUUUAAACAAUGUUCAUUCUAAUGUUUAUUACAUUUGAUAUGUGAACAUCUGAUUUGAAUGUAAAAACAAUACAUAGGAGCAGAAUGACACUCUGAUUAAUAGAUUACUUUCAAAUACAAUUCAGACAAGUGGGGGGAGGGGGGUAAAGAUAACAUUUUAUACAAAAGCAAAUUGCAAGUAAGAUUUUAUCAAACUAUGGCAACAAUAUUUCCAGAUAUUCUUCUUAUUCUUUGGUAAGUUAUCUCAUUCUAGAUAAGAACUUGAAAGAACUUGUUACACGACAGCUGGUGCCCUUGACUUGCCCGUACUAGAAGAGAUUUCAGCUGUACAUAGGACUUUGUGUAGUUGUUUGUACACAUUGAAAAGAAAAAAAAAACAUUUACCUAACAGUAAAGAUUUUCUUUGUUUAAUUGUGAAAUUUAAAACAGAAAGGAUGACUAGAACAAAAAUGAGCAAAGAGUAAUAUCUUCAAGAGCAAUAAACAAUAUUCUUAAGAUUCAA